AUGGCGCCGGCGGGCCUGACGGUGACCCCGACCAGCCUGGCGCUGACCUCGGGCCGCCAGUCGGUGCCGGCGCUCUCGCAGAGCCCCCUGCUGCCGGUGCAGGCCGGAGUCGUGUUCAGCCGCAACCGAUACGGUCAAGUGACGAUGACGUCACAGCCGACCAACGAGUCGGAACUACAGCUGUACCGCGUGCUACAGCACGCGAAUCUGCUCAGCUACUAUGACGUGUUUAUCAGCCAAGGCGGCGACGAUGUGCAGCAGCUGUGCGAGGCCGGCGAGGACGAAUUCCUCGAGAUCAUGGCGCUGGUCGGCAUGGCGUCCAAGCCGCUGCACGUGCGCCGACUCCAGAAGGCCCUCCAAGAGUGGGUCAGCUCACCGGGGAAGUUCCACCUGCCGAUCCUGCCGGUGCCGGCCGGGGGCUUUCUGGCUGGUCGAGGCCUCGUGGGGCAGCCGACGCCCGUGCCGGUGCCGGCGCCGGCGCCAGUGCCCAUCUCGAUCGCGCCGGCCCCGACGCCCAGCCUCAGUCGCGAUCGCGACAGUCUGCCGUCGCCGUCCCACUCUCAGAGCAGCCGUGAAUUGUGGCCGCCGCGACCGGGCGUCGGCGAGGAGGGCGGUGAGCCGUACCCGUCGUCAGGCUCGCCGCUCCAGCUGACGCCGACGCUGCGAGAGUCGCAGAUCCGCCGACUGGCCGACACGGCCCUGCACAUCGCCAAGACGCUGCCCGACUUCGAGCCGCGGCAACAGCACAGCAGCAAGCGCAAAGCCUGCAAGGAGCUGGAGUAUGUGCUCGGUAUGGAUCAAGACGACCCAAAGCGUAUGGACAAGAUUCGGGAGUACGCCGCUAUUUAUGGGAGGUUCGACUGCAAGAGAAAAGCAGAGAAGCCGCUAACGCUUCACGAGGUGUCGGUGAACGAGGCGGCGGCCCAGAUCUGUCUGCACGUGCCUGCCCUGCUGACGCGCCGCGACGAGCUGUUCCCGCUGGCCCGGCAGGUGGUGAGGAACUCCGGCUACCAGUACUCCAAGGGACACUCCAGGUCUCAAGGCGCCCAGUGCUUCUCUCCCCGCGACCUGCGCAUGAUGGAGGACAUGGGAGGCAGCAAGCGGCUGCGCCUGGACUCGGACUCUCCGCCCGAUCCUAACGGGGACACCGCCUGGAGAGGGCGACAGGAGCGCAUGGACCAGAUCGCCGACGAGCUGCGGCAGCUGCAGGAGCGGGGGGACGAGCUGCGGCAGCUCCAGGAGCGGGGCGAAGAGGCGCCGGAGCCGGCGGAAGAGGCGCCGGCCGGGCGCCACGACGCGGCCGCGCCCGGGACGCUGCAGCAGCAGAUUGACAGCGUCGAGAGUCAGCAGCGCCAGCUCCUGACCGAGCAGGCCGAGCUGGUCCAGGAGAGCAAACAGUCGUACAAAUCGUGCUUGGAGUUCUAUGACGAAGACUCGCAGUACUCUUUGAGCAGUGCGGCAUCGCCGCCGGGCGGUGACAGCUCCCGAGACGGCGAUGUGUCGCGGGACAAUGCGGACAGACCGGCCGGCCGGCUCGCCAAGAAGCUCGCUCAAGAGACGCUUUUGGACGAGGGCUUGCGGGUAGUUAAGUGUCUGGUGACGCAGCCGGAGUCGGCCUGUCGACCGAGCGGCUCCGUCACGACCGCGUCCGGCGGCGACGCCUUCUUUCCGGAGCAUAAGGUGAUCGCCUCGGCCGCCGGCACCAUCAUCGCCGUGGCCAACCCGGCGCUCUCCAUGUCGCAGCUGGCGCAGCCCAUCGGCCUGGUCACCAAGCUGAAGUCGGAGCCGUGCCACCGGGUCAAGGUCGAACCGCCCGGCUCGCCGCCCACCAGCAACGGCCGCCGGCCAGCCGACUGAGCCGCCGUCUGGCGAGCCGACGCCAGCGCCGCCCCGCGGACCACGGCCGAAGCCCGGCAAUGUGAUAGUCUCCAGAGGAGCUCGAAGAGCGCCGACGCGGUCGACAAUGGAGGCACCGGAUGCCGACGGGUCCAACCUGACCCGGUUGGGCUUUUCAACCUCUUUGUAUGGCAUUUUGCACGGCUAUUAGAACCCCGCAGGGGCAUAUUUUUCCGAUUUGACUAGACUUGUUGGCCCGGAGAGUGUGCUUGGCCUGGCCCUAAAUGUGAGGUGCUGCGUGGACACCGCUCAGCGGUCGACGCCCCGAGUGUGAAGCCCUUCGAAAGGGAUGAAAGCAUCCAUGUAUAGAGCUUAGAGACCUGCCUAUCUGAUAGGCACAGAAUGUGAUCUCGGAGAUGAUGUUCAGCGGUCUGCCGUGGCGCGGCACGCGCGCGCGCCACCUGUCGGCCGGCGUCUGCGGCCCGUUCUACGGCAGCCACACCGUUCGGCGGUGCGCGGUGCCCGGCUGAUCGGCUGAGAGCCGAGCAUUCGGCGACGCCCGCCCCUCCGCACCGCUCGACCGCCCUAGGUCCGCACUGGUCGACGGCCCUAGGUCGACGACCCCAGGUGCGGCCUCCUCCGCCCCAGCGCUCUGAUGCAGGCUGUGGGCGCCGCCCCGACGGUGCCCCGGCCUCGGACGCAGCCCACCGACCCUAGGUCACGGCCAGAUCUGUGUCACGCGGUCAGCCACAGAUCAUGACCGGUCUCGGCGAGACCCACUGACCCCAGGUCAGCUGAAGGCGCCGGGAUCACGCCAAUCCUGCUGUACCUGACGGUGCAGUGGUCAGGGCCCGCCGUGUGGUCUUGCAGACUGACCCUAGGUCAGCCCAAGCCCUUGCAUCUGAUACAACGGAGUCAACGCAAAACUCAACAGAAGUUUCGCGCUCUUAGUUCGUGUUUUCGUUUGGGCUUUUGUUUGCAGUGGACGCUAGCAAUGACCAAUCUAAAAGCGGACUGGCCAUCCGCGAACAGAUAUAGAGACUACCUUGGCCUCGAAGCGUCUCCCCCCGUUUGGGCUGAUCUCUUCUCUGCGAUUUUGGGCCCGCUUUGCGUUCAAAGGCUGCCUAAACCGGGAUUUGAACGGCUGGGCCGCGUGUGUCCCACCGACCCACCGGUGCAUCCCGCUUCCCUGUCCAGAAAUUCGUGAUCUUUUUUCGCUGGUGGCCAUACUCAGCAGCGUUUCGUCUGUAGCACCAGCGGUCGACGUGGCCAGCAAUGCGUCUUCCCAGCCCGCCAGCGCGUCAUUUCGAGUGCAGAGGCCUUUCGAACGCAAUUCUCGCCAUUCCCUGCAGAGCCCUGACACGGCUUAGAAGUUGAGGCCCGGUCUCGGCCUCCGCUGGAACGCCCUGGACGCAGCAGCAGCCAGCUGGCCCCAGGCUGCCGUGGUGGGCCGCCGCGCUGGUCCGUCGUGCUGGGCAGCCGCGCUGGUCAACCGUGCUGAGCCGUCCGCCCACGGCCCGCCGCGCAGCGCCGUGUCAAUAUCAGUGUUUAAAUCAAAACCGUCAUCGUACAUCUGCAUCGGUAGAUAGCUGUAGUGUUCGUUGUGUGUGUGUCGGGCCGGGCCGGCCCGGCGGGAGCGGCCUGCGCCCUCGUGCUCGCCUGUCGGCCGGCGCGGCGCCGGACCCCCAGUCGGAGCGGCGCGCCCGUCCAGGCCCGCGCCGGUGCUGCCCCCUGUGCUACGACGGCCGGAGCCCGAGCUGUCGCUUCUCGAAUCUCCCUGCACCGCAUAAACGGCCUGAUCGGGAGUCUGUCCCGGCAGGCGGUGACAGCCAGUGCUUACGGUCGUCGUCACGACUUCAAAAUGGGCUUUGCCUUUUUAUUGUUACGAGCGGAGCACCGGCCUCGCAGCUGACAGCACAUAUUCUAAAUGUAACGGGACCACUCUCAACUAUCACUUGUGCCGUUUGUGCUCGGUGUGUGCUGCAGCUGUUGCCGACGUCAUCCACGGUCGUAAGUGUUGCCCCCAGUCAGCACGGCGCGGGCCUCACCACAGGCCUCACCGGAGCCCGGCGCGCGCCGCCGGUCGACCCGGCGCGGCCGUGUGUCCCUGUAUCAUGCACAGUAUUUAUUUGCAUUCCAUUCCAAUGUGCGUUCGUGCUUUGUGUGCCAACCUCGGAGCGGUGGCGCCCCGCGUGCCCCGGGCUGCUGGCUGCCGCGCCGCCUUCCAUCGUA